UUUGUUGGGGUUAAUUAUGGGUUCUGCUUCUGCUCCAGCAAGUCUAAUCUGGCCUCUGCCCUCUCUGCUCUCGUCCCUUUCUUGUUACUCACCCGUUGGCGUUUUAGGUAGGUCGUUGUCUGAUCUCGUUCUGUCCCUUCGAGCUUUCUUAAUGAAAAGGGUAGAGGGCCCUCCGAUCCAUAUUAUUUGUCGUUUAUUUAUUACAAAUUUGUACUAGAUUAGCGACAAUUAAUAUGGAUCGGAGGGAGUAUUUUUUGUUUUGAAACGUAUUGUAAAUUUCUUUGUCAUCGGCUUUUCGUGUUAGAGGCCUUGGGGCCACACUUUCUUGGCGUGGCUUCGUGUUUGUGGCCGAAAAUCUCAUUUAUCUUGGUGGUCCGCUUUUUGGUUAACUUCUAUGAUUUUCUUCUAAGUUGAUGCUACAGUAAUAUUAAUCUAAAACUGUUACUCCCUCCGUUCCUAAAUAUUUUUCUUUCUAUAGAUUUCAACAAGUGACUACAUACGGAGCAAAACUAGUGAAUCUACACUCUAAAGUAUGUCUAUAUACAUCAGUAUGUGGUAGUCCAUUUGAAAUCUGUAAAAAGACAAAUAUUUAGGAACGGAGAAAGUUUGUGUAUGGUUUAGCAGUUUAUAUUAUGCUCUCUUCCUGCCGUGACAAAGUUCGGCCAUGAUUAUCAUGAUCAUAUCAUGUUGUAUUCCUUAUGAAUUGGGUGAUUCAAUUGAGAGCUGGUGAUUUUUCCACCAUAGUAAGUUACCGGAAGUUCAGUAGUUGAGGAAUGGAGAAAAAGGCCCCCAAACCUUCAUACAACUCUGCUUAUGGUUACGGGAAUUCAUCAACAAGGUCUAACUCGAGAUAUGCAACUGCACCCCUGGGUUUGAGCCCGUGGUAUGCCUCUUCUGCGGGCAACAAUGUGCAGCAGCCAGAAGCACAAGCCACUCUGCAGAGGAAGUACUCCAGGAUUGGUGACGACUACCGCACUGUGGCUCAAGUGACUGAAGCUUUGGCACAAGCCGGUCUUGAAUCUUCAAACCUUAUUGUAGGCAUUGAUUUUACGAAAAGUAACCAAUGGACAGGAAAAAAUUCCUAUAAUCGGCGUUGUCUGCAUGAUAUUGGAAGAACUCCAAACCCAUAUGAGCAAGCCAUAUCUAUUAUUGGAAGGACGCUCUCGGAUUUUGAUGAAGACAAUUUGAUUCCCUGCUUUGGAUUUGGUGAUGCGUCAACUCAUGACAAGGACGUAUUCAGCUUUUAUCCAGAGAACCGCCCUUGCACUGGAUUUGAAGAGGCAUUAGAAAGAUACAGACAAAUCGUUCCAACCCUUCGAUUAUCUGGACCAACAUCUUUCGCUCCAAUAAUCGAGACGGCAAUUGGGAUCGUGGACAGCACUGGUGGCCAAUAUCAUGUUCUUCUGAUAAUUGCUGAUGGACAGGUUACUCGAAAUGUGGAUACACAGUCUGGGCAGUUAAGCCCACAGGAGUGGGACACCAUUAACGCUAUAGUGAAAGCUAGCCACUUUCCCUUGUCUAUUGUUCUUGUUGGGGUCGGUGAUGGACCAUGGGAUAUGAUGCAUAAGUUUGAUGACAACAUACCUGCUCGGUCAUUCGACAAUUUCCAGUUUGUGAAUUUUACGGAAAUCAUGUCAAAGAGCAUAGCAGCUGAUAGAAAAGAGGCUGAAUUUGCGUUGUCAGCAUUGAUGGAAAUCCCUACGCAGUACAAAGCAACACUUGAUCUCCAACUCCUUGGCCGUCGCCAAGGAAUACCUCCAAGAGUUCCUCUGCCUCCACCAGCAAGGACUGCUUAUUCACGGUCUGCUAGCUUUGACCAACAGGCUGGUGUUUAUUCACGGUCUAGUGGCUUUGGCCAACAAACAAGUGGGUUUCAGCAAUCAGACAGUUUCAAACAGCGACAGCAUGGAGCUACAAGGAGGCCCGACAGUUAUUCAUCGGAAAGUUCACAGCCUGCGGUUACAAGGACACCCGACACUUAUGCAUCAGAAAGCACAUUUUCAUGCGCCAUAUGUAUGGAUAAAUCAAAGGAUCUUGCAUUUGGAUGUGGACAUCAGACUUGCUAUGACUGCGGGGAAAAAUUGGUGCGCUGCCCUAUGUGCCAGAAGCACAUAACCACCAGGAUCAGGCUGUACUGAUCAAAAACCAACCUCCUAAAGCUUUUGAAGCCUAUGACGCUGUCAAUACUGAAGAAGUUCGGUGCAGAAUGUUCAGAAUCCGCAUAAAUUUUACUUGUUGUCCAUAAAUUUAAGCGUUCUUACUGCAGUUGGAGUGUCUUCAAUUAGCUGGUGAUUUAAGGCCUGUUGGAAUGCAGGGUUUAUUCUCCAUUUCCCGCAAGGGGAAUGUGGAUCGAUCCGUUUCGGUAAAAUUUCUCUGUUCCAAAAGGGCUCUUACUGUCCAUACAAACCAUUGAAGAAUAUUCUGUGAAAAUAAUGUACAUAUUGCUUUCCUUUC